GGAUGCCAGUCCAUUAUAUCUUAGUCCGUGGUAUGAAUUUUCUCUGGACGUUUUUCAGUAUUGUGGCGCGGCUGAUUGGUAUAAUGAUAUCAUUGAUAUCCUUAUCUCUAAACUUUAUGGUUCUAUGGCGGUAAUGCGGUAUUAAAAAUUAUCUUCAUCCCUCAUGAGUCACGAGUAACGAGCAAUCAAGAAGCAUGAAUGACUAACCGUUUGUUGCUUGUACUUUUUUUUGGUUGGAUUAUUGUUAAGUGGAUAUUAUAAAAAAUAUUUAUUGAAUAACUAUAAUAUUAAAUUUUUUGGUUUACUUCAUUGUGUCUUAUAAACAAACAUGAAUCAUCAAGAAAAUCAAUUGUCAGAUAUGUUAGAAGUUUACAUAUGUACAAAAUUGUCAGAACCAGAAAUAAAUACGAGGAGAUACAGAAAAGGUAUGACGAUUAAUGAUCUGAAAAUUAAAUUGGAAAUGAUCACUGGACGAUCAGCUGGUACGAUGAUACUAUCAGCUUACGAUAAAGAUAAGUUGGUAGCCAAAUUGGAUGAUGACGAUUCCCAGUUGGGAUCAUAUCCAGUUGAAAACGGUAUGUUUUUAUUGGUUGAUGAUCCAGCAUAUGUGGAAUCUGAUCAGGAUUCUGUUGAUGGCUACAAAAUGACGGAGGAAGAAUAUAAUGCUAAACAAGAAACAUUAAAGAGCUUUUUAAAGAACAACAAGCUGGGCAAAUAUAAUCCAGAAUAUUUGAAACAACGAGAACAAGAAAACCUGGAGAAAGAACAACAAGAGAAUAUUGAAAAAGAACUAAUUGACAAGAUGGAAAUUGGUCAGAGGUGUUGUAUUCGACUACCAAACAAACCUGCUCAACAUGGCACAGUUAUGUACAAAGGACGUUUAGAUGACAAAAGUGGCUAUUGGGUUGGAGUCAAAUAUGAUGAGCCGUAUGGCAAACACAACGGAACUUUAAAUGGAAAACAAUAUUUUGAAACACUUCCAAAGUAUGGAUCUUUCGUUACUCCUUCAGCAGUUGAAAUUGGUGAUUUUCCAGUGCUAGACGAUGAACUUUAAAAAUUCCUUAUUUCUUUAUAUUACUAUUGUUGUCUUUACUAUUAGCUAACAUCAAUGAAUUAGUAUUAAUUAUGCAAUGUUUUAAUAUAUAUUUUUUUACACUUUUUUUAUUAUAUUAAUAAUAUUUAACAACAUUAGAGGUGAUUUAGAUUCA